AUGUCCAAUUUGCAGGCGCGCGAUGGCGUAUCGAGCGUGCAGCCCCCUCUGUCCCAGGCGGUGGGAUAUGUCGUUGUUGUCGUGAUUGGUCUGGUUGUAGCACUGGUCAUGAUGCUGAUCACUAAGAUUCUGAAGAAAACCACUGGAGAGGAUAAUCAGAAGACCGAAAUGUUUAUGACAGCAAAUCGCACCGUUAGAACGGGCCUCACUGCCUCGGCUGUUAUCUCUUCCUGGUUAUGGUCUACUGCACUGCUUGGCUCAUCAUAUGUGGGCUACGACUAUGGUGUCGCUGGACCUUUCUGGUUCGCUGCUGGCUGCAGUCCAAUGAUUGUUUUCUUCGCUUUACUUGGUAUCUCCUGCAAGCGAAAGAUUCCUGAGGCACAUACAUCUCUCGAAGUGGUUCGGAUUCGCUAUGGACGGACCGCUCAUAUCGUUUUCAUCAUCUUGUGUCUGAUCAACAAUAUCUUUGCAUGCGCGAACAUGCUUCUUGGAGCGAGUGCAGUCAUCACCGCCAUGUCCGGAAUGCAUAUAAUUGCUGCGACACUCUUAUUGCCGGUCGGAGUGACAGUCUAUACUUUUGUUGGAGGUAUCAAGGCAACUUUUCUCACGGACUACUUCCACACUGCGAUCAUUUUGAUCAUCGCAUGCUACUUCACGGCCAAGGCAUUCUCCGUGGAUCAAGUUGGCUCUAUCGGGGAUUUGUACGAGCUACUUGUCGCGGCUGCCGAGCGACACCCAGUUUCUGGAAACCAAGGUGGAACUUAUUUGACCAUGAAGUCAAAGAGUGCAAUUAUUUUUGGUAUUCUGCAUACCUUGGGCAACUUCGGUCUGGUCAUUAUGGAUACCAGCUACUUCAUCAAAGCGUUCUCAGCAUCCCCCGCUGCCGUGGUUCCCGGAUACACCAUUGGAGGUAUUGCCUAUUUUGCCGUUCCAUGGGGCCUGGGAACCGUGAUGAGCUCUCUCGCCUUGGGACUCGAGAACCAGCCCAACUUUCCAACCUAUCCUCGGAGAAUGACUACAUCUGAAGUAAGUAAUGGCCUGGUACUGCCCUAUGCGGCGAUGACGAUCGCAGGUAAAGGUGGCGCUGCAGCGUCUCUCUUGAUCACCUUUAUGGCGUGUACUUCGACGCUCUCUGCACAAGUCAUUGCAGUCAGCUCCAUUCUUAGCUUCGACGUAUAUCGUGAGUAUUUCAAAAAGUCUGCCUCUGAUCGAGACUUAAUCCGCUCGAGUCAUUUUGGCGUUAUAUUCUUUGCGGCAUUCUCUGCGGCGUUCAGCACAAUGCUACAUUACGUUGGAAUUGACCUGGGAUGGACACUAUACAUGCUUGGUGUCGUUACCUGCCCCGGAAUCUUCCCAAUGGUUUUCACCAUCCUCUGGCGCCACCAAAGCAGGGCCGCUGCUAUCCUCUCUCCAAUCAUGGGUAUGAUCACUGGUCUAGCAGUCUGGCUGGGCACCGCUGCCCACUUUGGUGGAGAAGUCUCGGUCGCGACAACGGGCGAAGUGCUUCCUUGCAUGUACGGCACAGUGGCAUCUUGCUUCUCACCCAUCGUGUAUUCCCUUGUAAUCACGUUUUUUAAGCCUCAACGAUACGACUGGGCUGAUUUCAAGAAAGAAAAAUUGGCACUGGAAGAGCUGGAUAGCAAUUUGACUACCGCCCAUCACAAUCAGAGUCCAGUUCAAAAUCAAUUGAAUGGCCUCGAAGAUGGAGCUGUGCGAAGUUCAGCCUCCGAUGCUCAGGAGCUGAAGAGGUGGGGCCGCAUUGCUGCAUUUUGGUCUAUCGCGACAUUCUUGGGCCAUUGGGUUAUUUGGCCGUUGCCUAUGUAUGGGUCUGGUUAUAUUUUUGAGAAGAAGGUAUGGUUCAUAUUGAUCUCUACUUUCUUGGAAAAGAAGCUAAUGUUGGGUCAGUUUUUCAUCGCCUGGGUGGUGGUUGCCAUCAUUUGGCUCUGGGGUACCAUGUUGAUCGCGAUUGUGUACCCACUUGUCGAUGGUGGUAUUCAGCAGAUUCUCCAAAUCUAUCGCGGUUUGACUGGCCGCAAUGGCUCUCCAUCAUCUCCGUCUGCGGCAUCCGUUAGCGAUGAGAUUCAGGAGAAGGAGUAA